UAUAUUCUGGGACAGUUUUUUGUCCCACGAUAUACCAAAGGAAACUUGCAAGGAAGAUCGUGUCUCUUCUGAAAGAUAUUGGGAUAUGAGAGAAACCAUAGAGUCCAUUUUGAAUGAAGAGAAGAGUGACGUGUAGUUCUUUGUUGCUUAGGAAACGUGGUAUUUUGGAAGGACUUUGUAAUUUUCAGUUGUAUUUGCAUUGGAUGAUUUGUUAUUAUUGUUGUUAUUUGUAUCAUUCAGGAAAGGAUGGAAUAGUGAAAGCAUCAUGUUGAGCAUAUCUUUUGAUAUAAGAAGAAAAUUAUUUCACACAAGAUGAGAGUUUCCAAAGAGUAAUAUAUAAAUGAUUGACAAAUUCUUUCGGCAAAGUGUCGCUCCGACAUCGCUUCCUCACGGGAGAGGACGCCAAGUUAUCUUGAGUUGUCAACUUGUAAAGUCAUAACGACGAAUGAAAACAAGAAAGGUUACUCUGAAGAAGACGUCGAGCGUCGGUUCAUUAACAUUCUAGUUUGUAUUUGAAGCUCUUCCUUAAAUGAACGAGCAUCUUAUUAGGUAGAUAAUAGUCUUUGCUUUUGUGGUUAAAACACCUAUUUUUUGAAAUGGUUCCUAAACUUAUAAAGUCUGAUUUGAGAAAACAUUCAUCCAUUGACUAUGGUUGACGAUGGCUCCAUUCACACCGAGGAGUUUAUUAAGGGUGAAAGAGAGAACUCAAAAGAACAAAAACAUUUGGAAGAAAGGCAUAAAAAGAUAGUGGGCAAAUAUCAACGAACAAGUCAGGAAAGACUAACUGGAAAGAAAGGCAGUUCGAGAAGUAAAAGACUGCUUCAACAGUCCCACAACUUUGAAAAAGAAGCUCUUGAAAAGGCAGUAGCGGCGGAAGUGUUGCUUCCAGAGAACGAAGGCUUUUUGGAACCAGAAAAUGAGCUGGAGAAGACUUAUUCUCUAACACAAGCCAAGUUGAAAGGUUUGGUUGACGAUCAGACGAAAAGAAAAAUAUUUGACUUGAAUUUGGACAUUUUGGGUCCUUAUAAAGUAACAUACUCUCGUUCCAGUCGGUCUCUUUUGUUGGCUGGCAAAAAGGGACACGUUGGUUUAACGUUUUGGAGAGAAGCUAAACUACAAACGGAGCUUUAUUUAUCAGAAACAAUUCGUGACCUUACCUUCUUACAUACUGAUCAAUAUUUUGCACUUGCUCAGCGAAAAUAUACUUUUAUUUAUGACGCUCAAGGAAUAGAACUUCAUUGUCUCAGAGAACAUCGUUAUCCAACAGCAUUAACCUUUUUACCAUAUCAUUUGCUAUUGGUGAGCUCUCUAGAGAAUGGUAACUUAAUAUAUACCGAUACCUCUUUGGGAACAAUCGUAUCCAAGUUGGAUACUAAGAUGGGUAAGACUAAAGUAUUGGCACAGAAUAUGCAAAACGGAAUCAUUCAUUUGGGACACAAGAACGGUGUAAUUUCAUUCUGGACUCCAGUGACUUCGAACCCAUUGGUUAAGAUAUCCGCACAUAGAGGACCAGUUACUUGUAUUGGUUUCGAUCCAAAGGGACAGAAUAUGAUCACAACUGGAAGCGAUAAGAAAGUGAAGAUUUGGGACUUGCGUACCUUUCGUUUAAUGAAACAGUGGUCUUUGCCUUGUGUAGCCACCGAAAUGAAUGUUAGCCAACGUGGACUACUUGCACUUGGUAUGAAUUCACAAGUAUGGAUUUGGAAAGAUUAUUUAAGCGAAAAAGACGAAACAACACCGAAACCAUAUAUGAAAGAGUUGAUAGGUGGAAAUGAGGUUCAUUCUUUAGGCUUCUGUCCUUUUGAAGAUGUUUUAGGAGUUGGACAUGCCACAGGUUUCUCAUCUAUGGUUGUUCCGGGUGCAGGAGAACCGAAUUUUGAUACUUUUGAAAGUCAUCCAUACGAAACGAAACGUCAAAGAAGAGAAAAAGAAGUUCGACUUCUUCUGGAGAAACUUCCUCCAGCAACAAUCACUUUGAAUCCUCAAAUGAUAGGAACAGUAGAACAGGAUCCUCAGAGUCGUCUAAUGGAGCUGAAGCAUUUGGAGAGAAAUGCAAAUACUCCCAAGGAUCGUCCGAAGAAGAGGAAACGAGGUAGGAAUAAAUUGGCAGCAAAGUUAAGAAGGAAGCAACAUAAUGUUAUCGAUCAACGUCGUCUUGAGUUACAAGAACGCCUUGCAAAAGAAAAGGAGGAAAGACGGCAGUCGAGAGACAAGGCAAUAUUGAACCACAAUGCAGUUACUGUGCCAGAUGGCGUACCCACCUUUUUGUCUUCAUUAUAUGAAAAGAAGAAGAAGAAAAAGACUUCUCUAUCUAAUUAUUAUUAAAACAGAAUAGAAUAUCAUUGAAGAAACUGUAUCCAACCGUU